UACAGGGGUAAAGAAAAGAUGAUUGAGUUUUGAGUGGUGGAGCCUGGAGCUGCAAUGUACAGGCCUCAGAAUUUUUGAAAACUCUGAGGAGGGAAUAUUAAUCAAUUCGAGGAUAUAAAGUGGGCCUUUUCCCACGUAGCCGUUACAUCCCAGCAACGGCAGAAUUAAUUCUUUUUACUAUAAAAAUUCAAAAUCCCCCCUAAACCAAAACCAAACCCAACGACAAUCCAUUCAAACAAAAAAUGGCUUCCUCCAAAUCCAACCUCAGAAACUCAUUCUCCUUCCCGAACCUCCUCCUCUCCUGCCUCAACUUCACUCUCUUCAUCCUCUCCGCGGCCUCCAUCACCCCGGUCAUCCUCCUCCGAGCCCCUCCGACUUCCAUGGGAAUGGCCUUCCUCAUGGUCUCCGCGAUCUCCCUUCUCUCCUCCUUCGUCGGCUUCUACUCUCAGCUCACUCACUUCUGCUUCAUAACACACUCCUCCCUCCUCCUCGCGUCUCUGGUCGGGCAAUUGCUCGGCCUACUGGCCUUGUUCACCCAAGAGAACUCGACCCUCUCGCUGAUCAAAUCGACCCGGGACCCCAGAGAGGCCAAGCUUUUGGCCAGAUUGGAGUGUGGUGUGUUGAUGGCAAUGCUUUUGCUUCAACUCGUGGUGUUUGUCUUGAGCUGCGCGGUGCAGAGCUGUUGGGUGAGGGAGUACGAGGGGCUCGAGGCGGAGAGAGAGGCCGCCGCGAGGAAGAGGAGCCAGAGGAUCGCCAAGGUUCAGGAGGAGUCUUUGGCCAAUGCGGAGAAGAUUGUGGAGAUUAAGGCUAAAGAGUUUGAGGAGAAGAUGAAGAGCAAGUGUGGCCAUGUCCAGUGGGUUAAAACUGACUUUGAAGGCUGAUAUGAGGCUGUUUGUGUCAUUUUGUUCAACUCUUGAACGAUUUGAUUUUAGUUGUCUUUUUUUUUAAUUAUUAUUUUUUUGUUAGGUUUCAUUCCCGUUUGUUGUGUUUGUUUGGUCACUUUGGUUGUGCCCACUAGUUAAUGUUGCUGUUUUGUAGAGCCUCUAAUUGGUUUUAUCCAAUGUAUCAUUCUUGUGUAAAUAUAUGGUCGCCCUUAU